AUGAUCCAAUCCCCUAGUCUCUUUGUCAAACAGGACCUCUCUCAACAGGUCUACAGGUCUGCUGCCCACAAGCCUAAAAGGGAAGACCCCGCCCUUGAAUCCAAGAGAGCCACCACACGAGGUCUUGAACCUUUCUGCGAGGUCACGAGCGCCGCCACCUGCCACCACCUCGGACCACAUUUCACCCCGGUAGCCCCGAGCGUCUAG